UAUAAAUUAUCAAAUGCCUAAUUGUGAAAUCUGUUUUAUUGAUGAUAAGCUAAUAAUUUGGUAUGCAUUUUCAAUUCAAAAUUAAGUCCCAAAUGCUCUCGAAAUGUUUGUUCAUUGUGUAGUAAAUUGUCCGAUUGCGAUAUAUGCAUUCUAAUAGAAAUGAAAUAUGCAUUUGUAAGCAAUGAUAAUACAAUUUAGUUAUACUAACAACACAAAUCGUAGACAGAAGAACAAGAAUAUCAAAUAAAAUAAAUUAAUGACAAGAUUAAUACUGUUAAUCAAGAAAUUUCCUUAAUCCAAAAGGCUAGUUCACUUCUGAACAAAAAUGAAAAUAAGAAAAGUGAAUCACUUGAGUUUUAAAUGAGUGAGACUAUCAUUGAUAAACAACAUGAGCUAGAGGAUAUCGAAAGUGAAAUUGAAAAUUAAAAAGUAAAGUAGAUUGAUUUUAGUUGAUAUUAGUUGAUAAAUCCAAUGAAGAAUUAAAUGCCUUAAAAAGUUAGCAAUUAAAAUUGUCCACACAAAAUAAGGAGUUGGACUUAAAAAUCAAUGAAGCAGAAAAAGAAUAUGAAGUGCUGCAAGAAACUCUGAAUUUAAAGAAAUAGUAAAUAUAUUAGAUUUUAUAAACCUUGAAAAAUAAAACUAGUUUAUUGAGAGCAAGUCAUGAGGAAAAGCAUUAUUCUUAAAGUAAUUUAAGAAUGACUCUUCCCACUAAAUAGCAAAAGGCUAUUUCUGGAGAAGAGAAAUUACAAAAUCCAGGGUAAUAAAAAAUGAGAUUCUAUGUAGAUUAUGUGCUGGGUAGUGUGUAAUAUAAUGA